AUGCCUGAUACCACAUUGCAGAGCCCAUUCUUUCAUCAGGCCGCCUCACAUUUGGAGGCGUGUAAAGUCACCCGGUCGAUAGGGACUGAUCUCCUUGCCGCUCCGUUCCCCGCUGCUGCUCUGUCUUGGGGACUGGCUACUGUAGCCGGUGCAGUGACUCCCCCUCACACUGACUAUGGAGGAUCGGCUGUGAAAAUACACUGUCUGGUCGGUAGGAAACUCUGGUUUAUAAUCCGGAAGAGGGAUGAGCCUAGCAAAGCCAUGAGUUGGGAUACGUUCAUUCAUGACUUCCAGGCUGAUAGCAAGGUCGACCCAAAUGUGUAUGAAUGUGAAGUGAUAAUUGUCGAGCCAGGCUCUCUUUGGUGA